AUGGAACUUAGAAAAUUACUACCUAUUCCAAGCCCUGUAGUCUGCUCUAUUUCAAAAGCCAAAACACUUGAGGAUCUAGCUGUCUAUCAGAGUGUUGUCGAUGCACUUCAGUACCUCAGCCUUACUCAGCCAAACAUUUCAUUUGGCAUCAACAAGGCCUGCCAUUCCAUACACUCGCCGAAAGAUGCUGAUUCGGUCCAUCUUAAACAUCUCUUACAGUAUCUUAAAGGGACCGUCACCCAUGGUCUAUACAUUACUGCCAGUUCCAAUCUCACUCUCACAGCUUACAGUGAUGCCGACUGGGCAGGCAAUGCCUCUGAUCGCUGA